AUGGCUUCAGCCUGUGCUGAGAUCUGUGGGUCAGACUACGCUGAACAGACGACGCAGCACGACCAGCGAUACGGCGUCAGAUCAUACCUCCACCAGUUCUACGAGGAGUGUACUGCCUCCAUCUGGGAACGCGACGAAGACUUUCAGAUUCAGAGAUCGCCUAGUCGGUGGAGCUCUGUCCUCUGGAAGGUCUGUCUAGCGUUAGGAACCCUGAUUCUGGUGACAGGCCUCGUUGUCCUACUGGUGGGCUACACCACCCCGACUAAGAUCGAAGCGUUCGGGGAAGACGAGCUCCUCUUCGUGGACAGCCACGCUGUGCGCUACAACCGAGCCUUGGACGUGUGCAAGCUGACAGGCGCCGUGCUGUUCUGCGUGGGCGGCGGCCUAAUGGCCGUAGGUCUCCUCCUCUCGGCCUUCUCAAAGAGCUACUCCAAGGAGGAGCUGUACCUGCAGCAGAAGUUUAAGGAGAGGCUGGUUGAUAUCCAGAAUACCGUCCAUCCCAUCACCGGAGCCCCUACUCCGGGGGAGAGUAAGAUCCCUGUCACCCUGUCUAAAGUGCAAAGUGUCCAGCCCAACUCAGAGACAUAA